AUGAGCUACGUUUGCCUGGGUGGCAGCCCCAGCCCCACCCCUUCUGACGGUUCCCAUGGCUACCGGUGCCCUGCCGGCCACAGCUGUCCUGUUGGCUCAGCCGGAGCGCUGCCAUGUGAGCCUGGUACUUACAGCCCGGCACCUGGGGCAGCUGAGUGCAUCGUAUGCCCCGGAGGAAUGACAUGCUCCUCCUCCGCCACACUGGAGCCUGCCCUCUGCACACUUGGUCAUUUUUGUCCUGCUGGAACUGCUCUGCCUCAACCUUGCCCUUUAGGGACUUUCAACAACCAGACAGGUGCACAUUCCCGCUCUGUCUGCACAGCCUGCCCUCCUGGACUCUACUGUAGCACAUAUGGAGCUUCAUCACCACAAGGUUCUUGUUUGCAAGGCUAUUUCUGCCAAGGUGGAGCCGAGGGACCAGCUCCACAAAGCUCAGUGAGCUUCCCCAGGAAUGGGCUUUGCCCUGCAGGUCACUACUGUCCGGCGGGGUGUCUCUCCCCGAUCCCUUGCCCUGUUGGCAGUGUCCGUAACACUACUGGAGGUGUGUCACUGGAGAGCUGCUCCAUUUGUCCUCCAGGUCAAUAUUGCACUGCUGAAGGUCUCGUCAAGCCAAGCGGGCCCUGUGCCGCCGGUUUCUACUGCCCCUUUGACUUCUCUUCAACCACUCCAUACGCAUUCAUCUGUCCCAAAGGCCACUACUGCCCACAAGGUUCUGCACUUGCCCUGCCUUGUCCCACAGGGGAGUACCAGCCAAACCACGGCUCAGACCGCUGCAUCCCCUGUCGACCCGGCUUCUUCUGUGAGGAAGCCAUCGUCGGAGAGCCUCAACCCUGCCCGCCGCAUUCAUUCUGCCCGGCAGGUACCAUGGUGCCUCAUCCGUGUCCAAGUGGCUCCUACACGGAUCCAAACGUGGGGGGACUACAGGAGGACAGACAGUGUUCGCCCUGUCCCCCAGGGAGGUUCUGCAAAGCUGGCAGGAUACAAGGCACAUGUGCUGCAGGGUAUCUUUGUGUUUCCGGGAGUGCAGAUUUCACCCCCCAGGGAUCAAUACCUGACCCUACGCAAUGUCAGUGGGGCAUGCAGUGUGCUGGACCAUGCCCCCCGGGCUUUUACUGUCCUGGAGGCACGGACAAGGCUGUGAUGUGCCCGGAAAACACCCUCAGAAGACACCCAGGUGGUGCCAGUGCGCAGGACUGUUUAGCGUGUCCACCACAACACUGGUGUCAAUCUGGAGAGCCGAGCGCACGUCCAUGCCCUGCUGGUCAUUACUGUGACGGUUUACCUGGAAGUGACAAUAACGAAUGGACGGGACCCAAACCUUGUCCUGUGUACACCUACAGAGCCUCCCCCGGAGCGGGAAGUAAGGACGGCUGCCUUCCCUGCCCUCCCGGUUUCCACUGCAACAGCACAGGUCUUGCAGACUAUGCCAACACCCCAUGCCCACCUGGAUUUUGGUGCAGUGGCUCUGGACGCCCUAUCUUUUGCCCAGCAGGCACUAAGAGGGCCCUUCCUGGUGCUGCUGAACCCCGUCAGUGUGAGCCUUGUGCUGGGGGGACCUUCUGCCCGGAUCCUCAGGCUACCGGCAAGCCCAACGUGGAGGGGAUACUUUGCAGGGCCUCUUAUGAAUGCCCCAUUGGUUCAGCCUCAGAGAAGCUGUGCAGAGCUGGCUCAUACUGCCAAGCACAAACCGCUGAGCCUCAAAUCUGUCCGGCAGGCUAUGUUUGUACUGAAGGGUCAGAGUCUCACAAUCUCCCUGAACAACUCUGUCCAUAUCCCUACUACUGCCCGGCUAAUAGCUCUUCAACGAAGUCCUGUGAUGGAGGCUUUAAGCCUGUCAACACAAGUGGGCUUAGAAAGUCCCAAAAGGGCUGCUGCAGUAUGUGUGCUGAGGGCACCUAUCGCCCUUAUCUCUCAGCUGUCGUGCAAUGCCUGUCAUGCCCAGAAGGACAUUUCUGCCCGCCAGGUACAGACGACUACAAGCGUAACCCCUGCCCUCAAGGGUAUAUGUGCCCCUCUGGAUCCGCACGACCAAAACCCUGUCCUCCUGGCUCCUUUGGCAACACCACCCAGGCCGAGAAGCUACAAGACUGUCACCCGUGUCCAGCGGACACCUUCAACCACCUGCAUGCCCAGAAAGCCUGCUUCCCUUGUGGAAGCUCGUCAACGUCUCCACCAGGUUCCACGUCGUGUUCCUGCAUUGGCAAAAACCGAGCCUUUCAGCACUCGGAUGGUUCGUGCUUGUGCAGAACGGGCUUCAUCUUUUAUAAUGAGCUGGACUUCAAAAUCUCUGCUUCUGACAGCGAACUGGACUGCCAGCCUGAGAUGAAUAGGCGGUGUGCUGCAGGGCAGGUUCGUCUCGCAGCAUCCAGAGAGUGUGUAUCCCCUUCCCUUCACUCCUGUAAUGUAACCUGUGGACCACUUGGAGGAACUCUGGAUGUGGAGAUGGGCAUCUGCCACUGUCAGCGAUACGUGUCUGCCGAGGAGCUCUGCGGCACUUUCUGUCGAGCCAAAAUGCCACAGCUUUCGGCCCAGUUCUCCCCAGAUGGACAUCUGCUUCUCAGUGUUAAAGGACGAGACGACACGGUGUGGGCCGAGACCUUAAUGGAUGUCCUAGGACCAGAUCCCUAUGAAAGGGAUAUUAGGGAAGUGCAUUUGGUUCAGUUUGACUCCCUGGGAGUGUUUGGUUGGAUUCCCACACAAGGACAGGAUGUUAAGAUGUUUCUCUCAGAAUCAAUGGAUGCCUCAGCUGAGACAAACAGAAAGAGGAGAAGCACAGGAGAUCACGAGAAAGCCCUUCCUCGAAUUCCAAACCCAGUUGCCUGUUUGUCCACUGGUGACAUGCUAAUUUUCCGUCUAAGCAUUAAUCACACAGAUCGCAGUCUCAGCCAUUUCCCUGUCUAUGAUAAAGACCACUUGUUCAACAGUAACCCCAGCUGGGACUUUGGGGUCUUUAGACGUCUGCAGACACUCAUGAAGCAGUCGAAUCUGAAUAACACCUGGUUUGCAAAUGUGUUUUCACAAACAGGAAAAUAUGCGUUCAUGGACAGCGCUGUGCCACAUUGGAGUCUGGUGGUGGUGGUGAGUGAGGAUGGGGCAGACUGUGACCCACGUGCCACUGUCUUCCAGCCCAUGACACCGGCGCAGCUUGUGAGGUUUGGGGUUGUCAAGCAGCAUCGACUAAACCUCCUACCGGAUUGGGGAGUGAUUGCAGGCCUCCUAAGUCUGUUGUUAGUGGUGGUUGUGGUGGUGACCACCACUGUGGUGGUGCUUUGGCCCAACAAAGCAAAGCUUGUCUGUAGUCAGUGGAGGACAAAGCCUAAGUGGCGCAGCCUUGGUGAGCCCCCUCGUCCUGUGGAAUGCAUUUGCACCGGAGACAGCUUUUGUGCAGAUAGUAGAGGUGUAGCAGAGGGUGAGGAGUGCACUCUUUCCAAGGGGGGAAUGGUAUCGGGGUGCUGUGAUUUAGAAGAGUUCAAUGUGAAGACUUUAUACGACAAACUGGAGGAUCAGAACCUUCAUGUGGCCUCACAGCUUGCCCGACAUCGCAAAGACGCACAGGAGUUUUAUCGGAAUAUCUGCCAACAUGUUGAUGCACUACAGCAUGUCUUUGAGAACAUGGAUGGCAAAAAGCUGAGUCUGCUAAAAGAGCUGCUAGCAUCCCGGAAUGCAACGAGGGACAAUCCAUACAACAACACUGAUCAAGAGAUGCAUGAACAAGCUUACGACUCCACGGCAUUAUUGGGAGCUGUUCUCAGGUCAGUGGAGGCUCUGCUGUACAAACUAAAUGGAGGCACUUGGCAGACCCUGGAUCUACACCCUCCUGAUGCCACGGAACCACAAAUGAGACACAUCCAAACCUGUGACUCGAGUACUACCAUGGUUUCGUCAAUGGACUUGACCAAAUCGAAAGCCCCAAGCCAUUCGCACAGCACAGGUCCUUGUCUAAGUGAUGUGGACUUAUCCAAGUUAGUCUGCCUAACCCCCCUAUACAAGACCCUGCAAGACAUCCAGCAAUCCUUGCAGAAUUUCCCUCCAGAUCAUCCAGUGCAACCUCUCCUUAACGGGAUUUGUGAUUCAUCCCAGGAGGACAAUGAAGUACGGCUUAUUCCAAGCGCACUCGACAGCCUCUCGCCCAGGCACUCGGCCGUUUUUCUGUUCGGUCGCCGGGUGAUGGAGCUGCUGGAAAAAAGCUCCGCCAUGUUCCCCUCCGUGCUCCUCAUGCCGGCCAAGUCCGUCCCGUUUUGGCGCUGCGAUAACAGUCUGCUGUCCCAGUGUUCGGGAGACUUUUAUUUUGACGCCGGCCGUCAAGUCCUUUUCCUGUCAGAGGCCAAGCUGGAACACGCGGGGCAUUUUAUCGCGACCAUCCUUCAAUCCAUGGCCUUUAUAGCAUCAUCAGGGAUCCCAGCCUGGAGCUUCACGCGAGCGCUUCAUGAGGCGAUGUCAGCUCUGAGCCUGCAGCUAUUCAACAUGUCUUUCAAGCAGAGCACAGCAGAGGGCACGUUGGGCGAGGAAUUUCUCGACUUGAGUUUUGCCAAAGAAACGCGUUUUAGCGAGCAUCUCCUGGCUGCCAGACUGGAAACAUACAAAUAUUCUAUGUUAGAGCAGCUCAUUGGAAACCUCAAAGUAAAUCUAACUGAGGACACCGAGGCGGCAUGUGGGACUCGAGUGGAGGUGGAGGAAGAGAUGGACCGCUUAAAUGAGGCCUUCUUGGAGCUCAGCAUGCAGCUGCACAGCAGAGCUCGUAAGGAUGGAGAAGACCAGUUUGUGAGGGCGGCUCGACCAAGCCUGGGUCGUAAUGAAACAAUGCUGCUGGAGCUGAAGAGACAUUACGUAUCGCAGCGCCUCAAUCAUCUCCAAAUCACAUUAGACCGGAUGAGACAGCAGCAAGGCAGCAGUAGCAGGUCCAGCGAUGGGGUGAGAGGCCGCACACAUGCACGCACCACCGCCGCCACUCAGCAGGGCCAGGAAAUGAACGUUGGUGAUACCUCCUGCAGUACUCCAGCUGGCAGGAGUCAGGGCCAGCAAACAGCAGAGAGUAGAGGUCUUGAUAAGUGUGACCUUGAGAGUAGUAUUUCUGCACAACUAAACGACUAACACUGUCCAGAGCUCAAACUUUGACACCCUACCGGACUACCGGAUGCCCAAGAGUCCAGACGUGUUGAAUUACCAAGUUAAAAAUACACACAUAACAUUAACUCUCAACAUCUAACACGCCUACCAUGUCUGACCUAUAAAGAAUAGAGGAAGAAAAAACUAACACGUUGAGAGCAAUGUUGAAAUAUUUUGGUGAAAAAAUGAGAAUACAUUACUAGAAAAGCACUGCGCCUUGUCCAGGGUGUACCCCACCUUCCGCCCGAUUGUAGCUGAGAUAGGCUCCAGCACCCCCCGUGACCCCGUAAGGCAGGGAUGUCAAACGUACGGCCCGUGGGCCGGAUCAGGCCCGCAAACAGGUUUUAUGCGGCCCGCGUGAUGAGUUUGCCAAGUAUUAAAGUAUUUUGAAAGAAAGAAACUGCUGUUCUAAAUGUGUCCACUGGAUGUCACAAUAGCAUUUCUGUUAGGAUUAGCAAGAAGUACAAAGUAAAGCGUGGCGUCUUCCUCUCCCUCGACCGAAAUGAAACAGAAAAAAUCUUGGGUUUUAUGUCUUCUGCUUCAAACACAUCGUUAUUUGGCUCCCUUACUCCCCCAUCAUGUCUCUGUCAAAAACGAGAAAACUUAACCCUUCUGAAUAGUUUUUACCUCCGUUUCUUACGGUUUGUUGAGUUAGCACUGGAUUGAUACGUGGACAUGACAAAGGAGGUAUUUGAUACCUAGAAGAGUUUACACGUGUUUGUUGUUCAAUCUUUAAAGUUUAAUCCUGGCUUUGUAGAUACACGAGACAAAGUCUAAGCUCAUUGUUUUUUUGAAGCUGCACCAAUUUCCUCAGAAUUUUCAACAAACUUGAAGUGAUUUGUCCAGAGGAUUAUCUGUGAUUUGUACGUUUUCAGAAUGUGCUUGUUCUAUUUUUGGCCAAAGUAAAAUGAAGAAAACAACCCGGAGUUGUCUUUAUUUUUAAGUUAUCAUGCCAUGAUUUUACCAUUCCGGCCCACUUGGUAAUAGAUGUUCCUCCAUGCGGCCCCUGAGCUGAAAUGAGUUUGACACCCCUGCCGUAAGGGAUAAGCGGUAAAACAUGGAUGGAUGGAUGGCACUGGGAGGACAAAAAAAUCCUGAAUCCAGACAAUGAUUCAGUUCAGCCCCAAAAUCCAAUAACUUGUUCCUUAUCCCAUUUCUAACAUUUCCUGAAAGUUUAAUUUAAAAAAUGCCCAUAAUUUUUUGAGCUUUCUUUAGCGUAAUAAAGAAAAGGAGUCAACCUUCUUUUCAGUCAUCUACUGCAGUAAUCUACUAUCUCUGCAAGGCUGCUGGCAUACACUAACAGAUAACAAUGUCAAAAUUGUUCCUCUUAAUAUUACAACUUACAUAUGUGUUCUCUUAAUAUUAAAAUAAUCCAUCCAUCCAUUUUUAUACCGCUUAUCAUUACCAUUUCUUUACAUAUUCCACUCUUAUGAUUUUUUUUUGCAAAUGUAUUCUCAUCAAAUUCGAUUAUUAUAAACUGUUUUCUUACUGCUAUGUCUAAAUAGAACUACAAAGACCUGGUUGUGCAAAAAAACUAACGUCAUGUUAAAUCGUUGUAAAUAUUGUGAUUGUUGGUCCAAUCCACCGUAUUUUUGUUGUUGAUUUUCAUAAAAAACUACAAGCUUAGUUGUGCAGGAAUGACAAGUGCUUUAUUCCAUAAGGAUUACCACAUUUUGGCAUCUUUGGUGAUAUUUGUAAGCCUCAAUAAAAUAUCCUUAAUAGUAAUAAUAAACUAGAUGAAUACAUCUCUCGUAGGCUGAACAGCAUAUAUUAUAUAUUGAUAUCGCAAUUAUUACUAAAGAACAGGGACAUCUAUAGCUAAAUGAGACAAAAUAUGAACUCCACACCAUUAAAACAACUGCAGACAUGAAUUGUAGGUGAGACUAAUAUGUGUAGCUAGAAAUCAACUGCAAACAAACGUAUCCUUUUUCUCAUUAGCGUCAAAAUGACAGCAACACGGCACUUAUGUCACUCAAAUACGUUACUGAGCAAUGCACACAUAAGUCCAACUUUGUCUUUUACUGAUUAAUGUUUAAUUUGUGGACCCCUCCAGAUGUCAAAACAUGAUGUGCCUCCAAUCUUCUCUAAAUACUGUAAGUGUCAAAUGAAGUGAGGUAGCAGUAACCUCUUGGUGAUGAUAAAUGGUUUCAAUCUUAAAAAUAAAUACAUUCUUAAGAGUGUAAAAACCCACUCCAUCCCAUUUUAAAUAUGUUUUCAGGAUCAUUUUCAUGUUUGCCUGUAAAUCUUCAAAAGUUAGCCUAAAUCUGCACUGAUUCAGGUAAACAAACAGUAGCCUAAUGGGGCUUAGACCAUCGCCUGAAACAUGGAAGUGCCCGGAUGUGCCUCUAGGUCAGGUGUGUCAAACGUUACUGCCCGAGGGCCGGAUUAGGCCCGCGAACAGGAUUUUGGAGUUUGCCAAGUAUAAAAAUGUACCAUAAAUGUUUUAAUGAAAGAAACAGCUGUUCUAAAUGUGUCCACUAGAUGUGGCAAUAGCAAUUAUUUGUAUCUUUGUAGAUGAUGCUACAUAUGUACAAAAUAAACCACAUGAUGUUAGUACAUCAGUUGAGGAAAAUGAUCAAACUACAUAAAUAACAUCCUGUCAUUUGAUUUUGAUAGCAUUUUCUUAUCCUGAUAGAUUAAAAGUUAACACCAAUGAGUUGACUGAUGAACAUUAUCACAUCAUUUAUUCAGAAAAUAUAAAUAAUGACAAAUAAAUUAUUAACCGCAAUAUGUAAGUGUAAAAAAAAAAAACCCCAACAUUAUGAUUUGUACAUUUUCAGAAUGUGCUUGUUCUAUUUUUAAUCAAAGAAAACAAUCUGAAGUUUUCUUUAUUUCUAAAUUAUCGUGCCGUGAUUUUACCAGUCCGGCCCACAUGGGAGUAAAUUUUUCUCCCGAUCUAAAAUUAGUUUGACACCCCAUCUCUAGGUGAAGUGAUUGCAACCCAGCUAUAGCCUAAUAAAGUGUAUGAUGUGUACAUAUUCAUAAGUACAGUACAUACAAUAUAGUGUAUGUCUUGUCUAGCAAGUAGUAGUAGUAUAGCACUACCAUUCUAACAUUGUGUCCAGAUAGUUAGGACUUGCAAGUACUGCACAUACACUAAUUAAGACAAUAAACUUGAAGUGCAUGGACACAAAUGUAGCGGUGUUCCUCUCUGUCUGCAUGUGUGUGUAUGUGCGCUCACUUCCCUGCCGUAAAAGGGUGAUGACCAGCAUGUGUCCAUGUAUAAUUCAUCAUUUCACAGCCUGUUACACAACUCACCUCCGCUGCUAAAGAACCCUGACUCGCACUAAUAUGUUCCAGGACCUGUGCUUUGCUGUGCAGUUGCCCGGCCAAAAGCGAGCUCAUGCACAGGCUUCUCAUAUUAGAACACGUUCAAGUAUUCCUUCAGGGUGUCUGUGAGCCAAAUCAGAAGGUCAGACGGAGCGAGUCUUCACUGACUAUCAGUGUUUGUCGGCCGCCUGGUGCCAAAUCCCCCCUGAUGGAAUCUGGCCGUGCGCUCUAGCGCCGUGUGCGCGUGUAGGUGUGCGCGCGUGUGUGUAUGUUUUUGUGUUGGUGCCCGUUGCACACUUUAUAAACUAGAUUAGCUGGGCUGGUGUACAGUACAGUCACAAUCAAAAGUUUAAAUACACUGACCACAGAACUUUCCUCCAGAAGGUCUUAUCUUUGUCCAUGUGAUGUCAGAUGAAACAAAAAUUUAGCUGUUUGGUCACAAUACCCAGUGAUAUGUUUGGAGGAGAAAAGGUGAGGUCUUUAAUCCCAGGAACACCAUGCCCACCGUCAAGCAUGGUGGUGGUAGUAUUAUGCGCUGGGCCUGUUUUGCUGCCAAUGGAACUGGAGCUUUAAAUGGGACAAUGAAAAAGGAGGAUUACCUCCAAAUUCUUCAGGACAACCUAAAAUCAUCAGUUCGGAGGUUGGGUCUUGGGCGCAGUUGGGUGUUCCAACAGGUCAAUGACCAAAAACACACGUCAAAAGUGGUAUAGGAAAGGCUAAAUCAGGCUAGAAUGAAGGUUUUAGAAUGGCCUUCCCAAAGUCCUGACUUAAACGUGUGGACAAUGCUGAGGAAACAUGUCCAUGUCAGAAAACCAACAAAUUUAGCUGAACUGCACCAAUUUUGUCAAGAGGAGUGGUCAAAAAUUCAAGCAGAAGCUUGUGGAUGGCUACCAAAAGCGCCUUAUUGCAGUGAAACUUGCCAAGGGACAUGUAAGCAAAUAUUAACAUUGCUGUAUGUAUACUUUUGACCCAGCAGAUUUGGUCACAUUUUCAGUAGACCCAUCAUAAAUUCAUAAAAGAACCACAUUUCAUGAAUGUUUUUUGUGACCAACAAGUAUGUGCUCCAAUCACUCUAUCACAAAAAAAUAAGAGUUGUAGAAAUUAUUGGAAACUCAUGACAGCCAUGACAUUAUGUUCUUUACAAGUGUAUGUAAACUUUUGAUCUCGAAUGUAUAUAUGAAAUUAAGUGUGUAAAUAAUCCAAAAUGUGUGUGGUGUGCGACUAUGUGCGGAAAUUAACUGUUGAGUGUUACCGGUAGUGUUGAGCAAGAGGCGGAAGACCAAGAGGGGCAAGACGGGCUCAGAGGUCCGUGAGCAGGCAGGAAGUCGGGUGGCAAUAGCGAGACGUCAAAAGUCUGUGUCCUAGUGAUGGGUCCGGCAACACUGAUGCAUCGGCGCAUGCGUCAAGCUCAUACAGCAAUACCCUGUUUAGAAAGUCACGUGAUCGAUCAUGAGCUGUUUUGGUCACGUGACCGAUACGCAAACUGUGUCGCACUCCCGCCUCCUCUGUGCCCUGUGAGCGGGUCUUUUCUACAGCCGGAGAAAUAAUAACUAAGAAGAGACUGAAGUGUUGAUAACAACCAAAACUAACCCCCCC